GCGUCUUUAUGUAGCCUUAGUUAUAUCUUUCACUCUCCAUUACUCUGCAAUUUUGCCGAACACAUCACAUAAUCAAUGGGUAGCCCUCAAACGGAGAGGACAACUGUAGGAUGGGCAGCAAAAGACAAUUCUGGGAUUCUCGCUCCUUACACCUACACUCUCAGGAAAACUGGCCCUGAAGAUGUUUACUUGAAGGUUCUUUAUUGUGGAAUCUGCCACACUGAUCUUCAUCGAAUCAAGAACGAUCUUGGCUUGGCUCAUUACCCUAUGGUUCCUGGGCAUGAAGUAGUGGGUGAGGUGAUGGAGGCGGGAUCUGAAGUCACCAAGUUCAGAGCAGGAGAUGCUGUUGGUGUUGGACUGAUUGUGGGAUGCUGUGGGACCUGUCGUCCAUGUGAAUCAGAUUCCGAGCAAUACUGCAACAAGAAAAUCUGGACCUACGACGACGUUUACACAGAUGGAAAACCCACCCAAGGUGGCUUCUCUCAAUCCAUGGUGGUACAUCAAAAGUUUGUGGUGAAAAUACCAGAUGGGUUGGCUCUAGAACAGGCAGCACCACUACUGUGUGCAGGUGUGACAGUGUUCAGUCCACUGAACCACUUUGGAUUGAAACAGAGUGGACUCAGGGGAGGAAUAUCAGGGCUUGGAGGAGUUGGACACAUGGGUGUUCUGGUAGCCAAGGCAAUGGGACACCAUGUGACUGUCAUAAGCUCUUCUAAUAAGAAGAAAGUCGAGGCCUUGGAGCAUCUUGGUGCUGAUGACUACCUGGUCAGCUCGGACGAAACUCGGAUGAAAGAAGCGGCUGACUCACUUGAUUAUAUCAUUGACACUGUCCCUGUUGUUCACCCUCUUGAGCCAUACCUUUCAUUGCUCAAGCUUGAUGGGAAGCUUAUCUUGACUGGUGUUAUUAACACCCCUCUUCAAUUCAUGGCACCUCUUCUUAUGCUUGGGAGAAAGGUAAUCACAGGGACCAACAUUGGGAGCAUGAAAGAAAUACAGGAGAUCAUUGAUUUCAGCAAGGAGAAGGGUUUUAGUUCAAUGAUUGAAGUGGUCAAAAUGGAUUACAUCAACAAAGCUUUCGAGAGGCUCGAGAGGAACGAUGUUCGGUACAGGUUUGUUGUUGAUGUUGCAGGCAGCAAGCUUGAUCAAUAGAGAGAUGAAAACUCUGAAGCAGCUAAUAUUAUACAGCGACUUGGACAUUAUUUAGUUUCUUGUUUGUAGAGUGCCCAUGUUGGUUUUUCUGUUAUAGCGACUUGGACAUUAUUUAGUGUCUUUUUUGUAGGGUGCCCAUGUUGGUUUUUCGUCUGGGUUUUUCAUGUGUGUCUGGGUUUUUCAUGUGUUGUAAUAAUGUUGCUGUGAACUCGUUGGUAUGGAUUGAAAUUAAUUUAAGAUGAAGUUUUUAUGGGAGUA